AUGUCUGAGGACAUUUCUAAAACCGACAAGGUCCCUAGCUCGCGAUUCAAUAUUGACGCCUAUCUUCAUUUGGAUAAUGAGCGGCCUGGAAGUUUCAAUGUCCCGGGUGGGCACUUUCUACGCGAUAAUCCUCACGCAUUUGAUCCCAGCUUGUUCAAGAUAUCCCCUGUUGAGGCCAUGUGGAUGGAUCCACAGCAGAAGAAGUUGUUGGAAGUCGUCUACGAGGCCUUGGAGAACAGUGGGACUACUCUUGAGGACGCAGCCGGCCGAAACACGGGCUGUUAUAUUGGAUGCUUUUCUUAUGACUUUCAAUUCAUGACGAUGAAAGAGCCCGACUUUAGACACGCCUAUACGGCGACGGGUGUCGAUACAGGUAUACUCGGAAAUCGUAUUAGCUAUGUCUUUGACUUUAAGGGUCCCAGCCUAACUGUUAACACUGCUUGUUCGUCAUCGUUAUACGCCCUGGAUCUUGCCUGUAAGGCGAUUUCUACUGGAGAAUGCGAUAGUGCUAUAGUAGGAGGCUCUAACAUUAUUAUGACUGUGGAUCAGCAUAUGAAUACGGCUAAGCUGGGAGUUUUGUCCCCAAAUAGUCGAUCACGUCCCUUUGACCAAGCAGCCGAUGGGUAUGGACGAGCUGAAGGUGUGGGAGCUCUAUAUCUCAUGCCUCUAAGCUUGGCUAUUCGGGAAGGGAAACCUGUUCGUGCGGUAAUUAGGGCUACCGCAACAGGGAGUAAUGGUAAGCAUGGAGAUGGGGUCAGUGGUAUCACUCAUCCGAGUAUAGAGGGCCAAGCAGAUGUCAUCUCCUUGGCCUAUAGGCUGGGGAAAUUGUCGCCGAGUGAGACAAGAUAUGUGGAGUGCCACGGCACAGGAACUCCUAUUGGAGACCCUGCCGAAGUAAAAGCUAUUCACAAGGCGAUGGGCGCUUCUAGACCCCAGGAAGAUCCUAUACUCAUCGGGAGCGUAAAAGCGAACAUCGGUCAUAGCGAGGCGGCUAGUAGUAUAGGAACCUUGAUUAAGGCGGUGCUAGCUCUAGAGAACGGCAUCAUUCCUCCAACCGCCGGUGUUACGAAACUCAGUACGAGCAUACCUUGGGAUGAUAUGAAUGUCAAGGUAGUUACAAAGCCUACUGGGUUUCCAGCUUCUGCAUCGUCGCGCCGGAUUGGCGUCAGCGCAUACGGAUCCAUGCGCCAUCUUAAAGGUAUAGAAGAAGAAUUGGGGUUCGAAGGGUCUGACGAUGGCCGGCCGCAGUUGCUGCUCUUUUCGGCACAUGAUAGACCGACGCUCCAGAACAAUAUCGAGGCCUUUUCAACUAGCUGUCAGGAUGCCUCCCUUGUUGACCUUGCUUACACUUUAGGACUUCGCAGGACAAAGUUCCAGGAGCGGGCUUUCGCUAUCGCUCGCAGAGAAACUAUAGAGUCUAACGUAAAAGACGCGCUCUGUGAAAUUAGCUCGGCUCCCCAAGAAGCAGCAUGUCUAGCCUUUGUGUUUACAGGCGAGAUGGCCGCGGCUUACGCUGCUGGGCUCAUCUCUGCAGAGGCCGCGAUUACUGCUGCCUACUUUCGCGGACUCGUAGCCGCCAAUCUCAGCACGGAUGGUGCAAUGGUUGCUGUAGGAAUUGGCCCGGAAGAAGCUAGUCGUCUUAUUGAUGAGCUUUCAUGUAGCUCUACAGUAGUUGUGGCUUGCCAUAACUCGCCUACUAGCACCACCCUCAGCGGCGAUCGGGAAUCCGUGGAACGGCUUAAGGAAAUUUUUGACGAGAAGAAGAUCUUUGCGCGUAUGCUAAAGACGAAUGGAAAGGCUUACCACUCGUAUCAUAUGAAGGAUGUCGCGGCAAGAUAUAUGGAGUUUUUGGAAAAGGAACCAGGUCAAAUUUCGAACUCUCUCGCAAAAGUCCCCAUGUUUUCAACUGUCAGAACGGAAAAGCUGAACUACACAGAGGGAAGAAUUCCCGGAUCUUACUGGGUGGACAACCUUACAAGCCCGGUCCUUUUCAAUCAGGGGAUCCAAUCCAUGUUAAACGAAAUGCCAGAGAUCAACCUUCUCGUAGAGGUUGGACCUCACUCUGCCCUGAGCGGCCCUAUCCGGCAAAUAUGCCAGGCUGUCGAUAAGAAAAGCGUAGGCUACCUGCCAACGCUCAAGAGAAAGGAGCAUGAUGGGGAUCAGAUGCUCCGGCUUGCUGGAGGUCUAUGGAUAAGGAAUGCUGAUAUUGAUAUCGCUGCCGUAACCCAAGUUGAGAAGCUGCUUGAUAAUGGAUUGAUCGACGUGAAAAGGGGAUCGCUUCUCGUUGAUCUCCCCACCUACCACUGGACAUACCCAAAGAUCAACUUUGCUGAAUCGCGCACUAGUAGAGAGCAACGCACUGUGAAAGAGCCGCGUCACGAUAUUCUCGGCCGCCGCGUAGCUGGCACCUCCGCGUUAGAAUUUCUCUGGAGGAAUGUCCUUCGUCGGAAAGAUAUACCUUGGAUAACCCAUCAUCGUCUUGGGGGUGAGGUGAUGCUCCCAGCAACAGGCUACCUUGCUCUAGCUAUUGAAGCAAUUACACAGGUGAGUAUGGAAUCUAGAGAUCACGUCGAGAUUUAUAGCUACACUAUGCGAGAUGUAGCCAUUACGUCCGCCAUUGUGGUUCCAGAUGAUGAUGAGGGGACCGAGACGCUAUUUCGCCUUCAGCCCAUGAAUAACGAGCUCGGCGCAUCCAAGAAUGGUGAGGCAAUACGAUGGUUCCGGUUCAUCGUCUCAUCAUGUUCAUAUGGCGCGUGGAAAGAAGCCGCAACGGGUUUGGUUGCUCUUAAUGUAAAGGGUCGAGCCUCCGAUCACAAGCCUCAAGUGCUACCUGAUACUCCCCAUCGUGCUUCUUAUAUCGAUUGGCUCGAGAAGAACCGUACUGUAGGUUUCGAUCAUGGUCCGGCAUUUCGUCGUAUCAGUGAUAUAUACACGAACGAUAAAUUGCACGUCACUCGGGGAGAUAUCAGAAUCAGUAAAGAAUGCGGUCUGAUGCGUGCAGAGUCUCGCUACGUAUUGCAUCCCGCCGUCCUAGAUGCGUGCCUCCAACCUUUUCAUGCGACGAUGCACAAAGGGAAAAUUGACGACCUGCGAUGCGGCGUGAUCCCGACGCACUUCGGCGAGACUACUAUCUUUCCCCCGUCGGAUGAGCAGCUUGCUGGCCGUUGUGUAGUACAGACUUGGUGUCCUCCGCUAGGUAACAGAGCAUUUUUGUCUAACGUGCAGCUUAUCUCACACGACGGACAACUUCUAGUCGAUAUGACUGAUUCAAGAUCACUCUUGUACAGGUCUGCUCUUCCACGAGAGAUACAAGACAAUCCCCAACAAGAUCUCUAUGUCAAGCUGGACUGGAAAAUCGACGCUGACUACCUAAGCUGGGCAAACGAGGCAGGAGUAUUAUUGGACCAGCCAUUAACCACUAUCGUGCAUUCUAUGCUGCAUAAAAAUCCUGAUAUGCACGUUUUAUCUCUUGGCGACUCUCUUGUUCAGGUCGUUCUCGAAAUCAAGUCGUCCCUUGAGAUAACCAUCGCGGCUCCGUCCCAAGAAAUCAAAGAUGUUCUCAAACCCCGGUAUUCUGCGUAUAAAGCGAUAAGCUUCGUUGAUAUUGAUAUUGGCAUUCCUGAAAUUAUUAAGUCAAAUACAAAAUACGACCUAAUUCUUGCUUCGGUGAUCGACCAGGUUCGGGUAGCGACUUUAGAGCCGGCCCUUAGAGUUCUUAAUCCAGCCGGCACUUUAAUCAUUCGGACGAGCGCAGAUGAGAGCCAAGUAUGGAAUCAUAGCCUAGAGGGCGUUGGAUUCUCCUGUGUUAUCGACCAAGCGUUGCCCGACGGCACCAUUAUGAAGAUAGCCAUAAACCUAAGCUCUUCCAAUUCAAACAGCGUCAAGUCGCAUUCCAGUAAUAUUCAACUUGUUUAUCAAGACCCAUCCUCGCCGCUUCUAUCGGUGGUAUCUAACAGAUUCAAGAAUUACGGCUGGAACGUAGAUUUGUUACCAAUCAGCUCCGUCGACAAGGGCUUGGGCGAGCAAGUCAUUCUACUAGAUGACGCUGAUAUCCCGUUACUCGCGUGUCUAAACGAGCAAGAUUUGGCCGGGCUGAUAAACCUCACCGAGAGAGCAUCAGCAUUCACUUGGGUGACAUGCGGCGGUCUGCUCGCCGGCGAUAAACCGGAGUACGGCAUGACUGAGGGAGCCGCUCGGGCGCUCCGCCGGGAGAAAGGGUCUCUGGAUCUCGUGACUGUCGACUUUGAUGCUGAAAACACGCCGAGGAAUCGCGUAGCCGCGCUCCUUACAGACAUAGCUGACCGUCAAAAGACUAAAGGUAGGAAUGGGGAGGUUGAAUAUUAUUUGAGGGAUGGUAUUGUUCAUAUAGGACGUCUCGUUCCGCAUUAUGACCUAAAUAGGCAGUUUGUACCCAACCCCGAUGAGACUACUACGGUUUGCCAGCGCGAUCAUCCUGCAGUACGAGCAGAAAUCAAGAACGGAACACCAGUUUUUCUCUUAGAUGACGACCGAGUGUCAGAGCCUCUACAGCCUUAUGAAGUAGAAGUACACGUCGCAGCCAUGGGUCUCUCGGCAUUUGACGGCGCCGACGAGUCGACAUUUCUCAGUCAUGAGAUAGUUGGGAUUGUGACGCGGGUUGGGAAACAAGUGGACAACUUACAGCCUGGUACAAAAGUGGCUGGAUUCGCACUGGACCGUCUCGCAACCUUCCAACGGACUUCUGCAGAACUUGUGCAGCCCCUACCACAUAAUUAUAGUUCCUCGUUCAAGGAGGCGGCGACCUUGCCCUCCGCGUUCGCCACCGCUAUCUACGGUUUGGAGGUCUUAGCGAGAAUGGAGCCGAUAGAAAAUGUAGUGAUCAUCGACGAUAUGGGUGCAGUUGCUUUGGCCGCGAUUCAACUCUGUCGUGUGUCCAAGGCAAAUGCCAUCGUCGUUACUUCAUCGGCUACCGCAGAAGACUAUAUCCGUAAUAAUAAGCUACUACCAUCGGACCUUGUGGUCAACAGCAGUAAUACCGGCAUCGGUUUGAAGUUACAGGAGGUAACAGCCGGGAAAGGAGUUGAUAUUAUAUUCUGCUCGACAGCUGCCGAUAAAGCGACCGUCGUCGAGUGCAGUCGAGAACUGACACUAUUUGGUAGAGUAGUGACGUUUGGCCAUACGAGCAGCUAUAAUCCUACCGUAUCUGCAUUGUCGACGGAGGCCAAGAGUAUAAGUCUCUUUCAUUUUGAUAUUGCUGAAAUCAUUCGGCAUAGGAAAGGGACAAUAGCAAAGCUUCUCGGGCGAUGCAUGGAACUAUAUGCCGCGGGAGAUAUCAAACCACUUCGUCCACUUAAUGUCAUCGGGCCUAACGAAAUAAGUGAGACUCUACAGUCUAUCCCAAGUGAUAUGAUAUCAGGCAAGAUUGUCGUUUCUUAUGACCAAGAUGCGCUUUUCAAGGUCGUCCCUUCACGAAAACAACUAAGGUUCAAGGAAGAUGUCACUUACCUAAUGGUAGGUUGUCUCAGCGGGCUUGGACGUCAGGUUGCUCUCUGGAUGGCGGAUCGGGGUGCGAAGCACUUUGCCUUUAUAUCGCGGACAGGUACCGACAACCCCGUAGCCGCAAAGACCGUUCAGUCUCUCCAAAACCGAGGGAUCGAAGUAUUAGUAUUGCGUGCGAACAUAACCUGUCGAGACGAGCUUACUGGAGCCAUCGCCAAGCUCGAUCCUGCCUUUCCCAUACGUGGCGUCGUCAACGCAGCUACCGUCUAUCGCGAUGCUACUUUUUGGAACAUGACAAUAAGCGCCUGGCAAGAAGUCGUCGAUACGAAAGUCGGGGGUUGUUUGAACCUGCACGAGGUGCUCAAAAACGAGUCUCUUGACUUCUUCGUCAUGACCAGUUCCAUCUCAGCAACCUUGGGCUCUAGUGGGCAAACCAAUUAUAGCGCUGCAAACGCAUUUCUCGAUUCUCUAGCACGCCACCGUCGAGCGCGCGGCCUUCCCGCCGUCUCGCUCAUCCUCCCAGCUGUCUUUGGAAUCGGUCACAUCGCUGACGAUCCUGAGCUCGAGAAGUCUAUCAGAAUGAAGGGCAUGUACGGAAUCCGGGAGAAAGAAAUGCUCGAAGCAUUUGAAGUGGCUAUGACACCGCAGAGCGACCUACCCUCCAACUUCGACCACGUCAUGGUAGGCGUUCAGCCCCGUCGCUUCGGGCACGCCGUCAAGACUUCUGGUGUUCAUGCUCCUUGGGAAGAUGAUCCACGGCUCAAUUGGAUAGCAACCGCGAUAGAAGGGGAGAACGGGAAUAAGAAGACCACAGGAACCAGUAGUACGAAUACCAUUUUGGUCACGAUCCAAGAGGCCCCUAGCCGAGCGCAGGCAGUCGAGGCCGUCACAGAAUAUUUGAUUCAGCGACUAGCAAGACUGCUAAUGAUUGACAAUGAAGCCAUCCAGGCGACACACAAAUCGCUCGCAAGCCACGGACUCGACAGCAUGAUUGGCGCUGAGUUCCGUAAUUGGAUAUUCCGCGAAUUUAGAGUCGAUAUACCCUUCCAACAACUUUUAGCGGGCAGCUUGACAAUUGCGGAUUUGGCAGCGAUAUUAUGUGAGAAAGCUACCAAAGCAUGA